GGACACGCCUGGUCGCGCAGGCGCAGUGCUGCACGGACGUUCACAGCGCGCAUGCGCGCCCCGUCGCUUCAGAUCGCCUUGAACCCGAACAGCGAGAGCAGCGACCCGAGUCUUUAAACGAGCCGCAUUCAGCUUCGCGAUACCGCCCCCAAUAUCAGCACCGGCACGGAGCCGCCAGGCCGGGACAGAGACGGAGAGUGAGCCCUCGGCCAUGGAAGCGCUCGGACCCGGACCCCCUCCCCCUCCCAGCUCCCAGUUCCAGCCGCCCCGCAGGCCCGGAUUGGGCACGGUUGGGAAGCCGAUCCGCCUGCUGGCCAAUCACUUCCAGGUGCAGAUCCCGAAGAUUGACGUCUAUCACUAUGAGGUGGACAUCAAGCCGGAGAAGAGGCCGCGUCGGGUCAACAGGGAGGUGGUGGACACCAUGGUGCGACACUUCAAGAUGCAGAUUUUUGGAGACACUCAGCCGGGUUACGAUGGGAAGAAGAACAUGUACACGGCACAGCCGCUGCCUAUCGGCCGGGACAGGGUUGAUCUGGAGGUGACCCUGCCUGGCGAGGGGAAGGAUCAGACCUUCAAGGUGUCAAUCCAGUGGGUGUCAGUAGUGAGCCUGCAGAUGUUGCUGGAGGCGCUGUCGGGGAACCUUGAGGUCCCUGAGGACUCUGUGCAGGCCCUGGACGUCAUCACCAGACACCUGCCGUCCAUGAGGUACACUCCAGUGGGGCGCUCCUUCUUCUCCCCUCCCGAGGGGUACUAUCACCCGCUGGGCGGGGGCAGGGAGGUGUGGUUUGGGUUCCACCAGUCCGUGCGGCCCGCCAUGUGGAAUAUGAUGCUGAACAUCGACGUGUCUGCGACGGCUUUCUACCGUGCCCAGCCCGUCAUAGAGUUCAUGUGUGAAGUGCUGGAUAUUCAGAACAUCAACGAGCAGACCAAGCCACUGACCGACUCCCAGCGCGUCAAGUUCACUAAAGAGAUCAGAGGUCUGAAGGUGGAGGUGACUCACUGUGGGCAGAUGAAGAGGAAAUACCGAGUGUGCAACGUGACCCGCCGGCCUGCCAGCCACCAGACGUUCCCUUUGCAGCUGGAGAACGGCCAGGCAAUGGAGUGCACUGUGGCUCAGUACUUCAAACAGAAGUACAGCCUGCAGCUCAAGUACCCGCACCUGCCCUGCCUGCAGGUGGGCCAGGAGCAGAAGCACACCUACCUGCCCCUGGAGGUGUGUAACAUCGUAGCGGGGCAGCGCUGUAUCAAGAAAUUGACGGAUAAUCAGACUUCCACCAUGAUCAAAGCGACCGCGCGCUCAGCACCCGACAGGCAGGAGGAGAUCAGCAGGCUGGUGAAGAGUAACAGCAUGGUGGGCGGGCCAGACCCCUACCUGAAAGAGUUUGGCAUCGUGGUCCACAACGACAUGACCGAGGUGACAGGGCGGGUCCUCCCAGCGCCCAUGCUGCAGUACGGGGGCCGGGUGAGUACAGAGACUGGGAGGGACUGUGGCAGGAAUAAAACGGUGGCCACCCCAAACCAGGGCGUGUGGGACAUGCGGGGGAAGCAGUUCUACGCUGGCAUCGAGAUCAAGGUGUGGGCUGUGGCCUGCUUUGCGCCGCAGAAACAGUGCAGGGAAGACCUGCUCAAGAGCUUCACUGACCAGCUGCGCAAGAUCUCCAAGGACGCGGGGAUGCCUAUCCAGGGCCAGCCCUGCUUCUGUAAAUACGCGCAGGGCGCUGACAGCGUGGAGCCCAUGUUCAAGCACUUAAAGAUGUCCUACGUGGGCCUGCAGCUGAUCGUGGUGAUCCUCCCUGGAAAGACUCCAGUCUACGCGGAGGUGAAGCGUGUGGGAGACACUCUCCUGGGAAUGGCCACUCAGUGUGUUCAGGUGAAGAAUGUGGUGAAGACCUCCCCCCAGACCCUCUCCAACCUCUGCCUGAAAAUCAACGCCAAGCUUGGGGGGAUCAACAACGUCCUGGUCCCGCACCAGCGCCCCUCUGUGUUUCAGCAGCCCGUGAUCUUCCUGGGGGCGGACGUCACGCACCCCCCUGCUGGUGACGGGAAGAAGCCCUCGAUCGCGGCGGUAGUGGGCAGCAUGGAUGGGCACCCCAGCCGGUACUGCGCCACGGUGAGAGUGCAGACCUCGCGGCAGGACCUGUCCCAGGACCAGCUCUUCAGCCAGGAGGUGAUCCAGGACCUCACCAAUAUGGUGCGGGAGUUGCUCAUCCAGUUCUACAAGUCGACCCGCUUCAAACCCACCAGGAUCAUCUACUACCGCGGGGGAGUGUCUGAGGGGCAGAUGAAACAGGUGGCCUGGCCAGAGUUGAUUGCCAUUCGGAAAGCCUGUAUCAGCCUGGAGGAGGACUACCGGCCCGGCAUCACCUACAUCGUGGUGCAGAAACGCCACCACACCCGGCUGUUCUGCAGUGACAAGAGCGAGAGGGUUGGGAAGAGUGGGAACGUUCCCGCUGGCACCACAGUGGACAGCACUAUCACCCACCCAUCUGAGUUUGACUUCUACCUGUGCAGCCACGCUGGGAUUCAGGGCACCAGCCGCCCCUCUCACUACCACGUGUUGUGGGAUGACAACUGCUUCACUGCGGACGAGCUGCAGCUCCUCACCUACCAGCUGUGUCACACGUACGUGCGCUGCACCCGCUCUGUCUCCAUCCCCGCGCCCGCUUACUACGCGCGGCUGGUGGCUUUCCGAGCGCGAUACCACCUGGUGGACAAGGAUCACGACAGUGCGGAAGGCAGUCAUGUUUCUGGGCAGAGUAACGGCCGGGACCCCCUGGCUCUGGCGAAGGCUGUGCAGAUUCACUACGACACCCAGCACACCAUGUACUUCGCCUGAGACCUGCAGUUCAGCCCUCUGGCCAGCAGACGGCACUGUCUUUCUAGCUCUCCAGCACACCACAGCAGUUCUGACACCAGCAGACCUGGGCCCCCUGUCCAGUUCAAGCGGGCCGGGCCAUAUUUUUUAAUUUUUUUACAGACCGCUUCGUACCAGCAAUCCCAGGAUUCCACUGGGCCGCACUGAGAGCCAGGUUGUAAUGCACGGCACACACUGAGCCAUUGGAUCUUUACUGGACACUGAUCUCUGAUCGGAAGCACUAGACAGGACUGACUUUCUCUUCAGCGCCACCAGGAGUUUAUAUUUUUACCUCAAGACGUGAUGGGCCCCGGGGUCCUCGGAUUUUAAACAAGGGUUUGCAUGAAAAGUUUUUUUAAUGUCGUUGUUGCAUAUUUUAAGUCUCUGCAUUUUUUAAAUGUCUUUGAACUCUUCCCUUUCUUUGUAUUUGUAAACGAGGUGACCUUGGUGUGAGUUUCCCUUCCCUUUCUCUCCCGUGUUAUUGUGAGUGGGGGUGGGGGGGUGGGGGGGUGUGCGUUUGUUUCAGUGCAGACAUAUUAUUACUUCUGUUGCACGACCAGCUACAGAAUUGUAAUGGGAAACGUACGGAUUGAACUAAUGUAAAUGCCUGAGAUGUUUUUUCUUUUUCUUUUAUAAGUAAGACAGUUUUCCAGGCUUCUUGAAGCCAGCGUUUUGUGUGGCAGUGUCUCUGUACUACCCUCGUACCCGAGCCCUUGGCAUUCUUUCAUUUGGGGUGGAUUGGGGGCAUUUUCUCUGUUCUCAGGUCAGCCAAAAAUAUGGCGGGUCCAUAUAGCAGCCAUGUAGACUGUGCAGACACAGCUUUUCAAAUGCUAGCAGCACUCUGCUUUCGUCCUGGCGAGCGGAUUACUUGUUUAUACAGGCAGGUUUUUAGUUUAAUUUCAGUUGUCUGGUGGAUUGUCCCCCAGCUUCAUUAAGCUUUUAAACAAAAUAGCCCAAAUCUCUUGUGACUUCACUAGAACUUGUGGGCCAGGCUGCUGUAGUGUGUGUGUGUGUGUGUGUGUGUGUGUGUGUGUGACAGGGGGAUUGAAUAGCCAGGCUGCUGUUGAGAGCUCAGCCCUCUUCACUGGAGGGGCUCACAGUUCAGGAACAGGCCAGGGAGAGGAAUGGAUAGAGCAGAGAGGACUGGAGCACGGGCUGGGAGAGGAGGAACGGAUAGAGCAGAGAGGACUGGAGCACGGGCUGGGAGAGGAGGAACGGAUAGAGCAGAGAGGACUGGAGCACGGGCUGGGAGAGGAGGAACGGAUAGAGCAGAGAGGACUGGAGCACGGGCUGGGAGAGGAGGAACGGAUAGAGCAGAGAGGACUGGAGCACGGGCUGGGAGAGGAGGAACGGAUAGAGCAGAGAGGACUGGAGCACAGGCUUGGCAUGCUUGGACUAGGGGGCAAGGACAAUCUGCAGGUUAGGGGCAAUGACUUCUUUACUUUGAGACAAUGUAUAGUAUUUAUAUCAGAUAUAUGUAUAUACACAGUACGUGUGCCUGUGGUUUGUUUGAAAUUAUUAUAACAUCCAGUAAAAAAAAAAAAAAAAAAAAAAAAAAAAAGCUAAGCACUGCCCCACAGCAGCAUGCUUUUAACAGCGGUGGCUUCGUAUUCAGUCACUGGAUAAUAAAGCGUGUGUUUGCUGUGAGUGAGUGUGUAUGGGACCUGUUGAAGCUGUGUGUGUGUGUGUGUGUGUGCGCGCACGCGCUGGAGACUCAGAGGCUCUGGUGGGAAUUUACAUGCAAUAAGGAGGAUUGUGGGUAACAGAGUGAUUUCAGUAAAGGUUGAUCUAUUUAAAUAGGAAAGCGCUGCUGAAUUUACAUCCAUUCUUUUCUUUUGUGGAGAGCAGUUUGAAAAUGCAGUGCUCUAAAGGAUCGUUUAUAGCUAGCAGAAAAUAGUGUAACAGCGACACCUUGUGGAUAAAGUUGGUUAGUCUAAAGUUUAUUCAGCAGCAGGGAAUUCUACUGGUCUGAAAACGGCAAUACUCAACAAAGCUGUUAAGUAGCGAUAAAAUGGGGGGGCAUUGUGGGCAAGACAACUUUUAAUUCCAGUUUUACAGAUUUUUAUCAUUGCGAAGCAAUAUUAGAGUAAAGUAAUGAAGCUAUAAUUGUUCUCUUGGGAAUGGCUGUUUAAAGGACUCUUGGGUUUUGUGUUGAAGUGCUUGUUUUGCUCGUUCAAUCAGUGGGAAAUGUGCAUUUUGUAGGAGUAGCUCAUAGGCUUUUCAGAACAAACUCUCUGCUCUUGCAUGCCACAGUUUUUUGUUACAUAAAGAAAGUUUUAAUAUCACUUUGUAAAUGUUUGUUUGUAGUUCACAACUGUUGUAGCCGAGCAAUAUGAGAAGGUGCUGCAGUUCAGUGAUACAAGGUCCAGCACAAAGGGCAGAUCCAGGAGCCAGCAGCUGGAAGCUAUUCACUGUGGAAAAGCCAACCUUUUACCAGAACCAAACGAGGUACUCAAACGCACUCUGACUUGGUGUUUAUUUUGUAUUAAACGCACACUGGGUGUCUUCUUGUGGAGCAGUGGCCCCAGUUUCUGCCUGUGUUCCUUCCUGUUUCUUUGUGGCUGGCACCGAAUCUGAAAUCCUUCACUGAGCCCCGCGCCGGAGAGGAGCCUCUGCUCGCGGAGCCCCGCGCCGGAGAGGAGCCUCUCCCUGAGGAGGGCGUGUCACCUGGUCCACAAGGGGUGCUGCAAAAGUUCAAAACUCCACAACGUUACUAUUAAAUGAAUUUGUUUGCUACAUAUUUGAUAAGUUUCUUGUAAUUGUAUUUGUUCCUGUGCUGAUGAUUUAGAUCUGCGUUUCUUAGUGUUCUAAAUGGGUUUAUUUUUUUGACUGUGGCUAUGAAUGUGUGUCCAAUAGCAACAUGAGCGGCUCUCUGUCCCUGAGCUGGUGGCAAGGCCUCACCCCUGCCCAAUCCAAUAAGGGGUCCACCACUGCUACAUUGCUAUG